GCAUAUCUAAAAGCAUUUUUAAAAAGUUUUAUCUCACCAAGACAAAAAAAAAAUUAUUUAUAAAAUGGCGUCGGGUGCCUCAGUUAUCGCGUUUAAGUACAAUGGCGGGGUUCUUCUCGCUUCCGAUACGCUGCUUUCCUAUGGCUCACUCGCCAAGUGGCCGAAUAUCCCUCGCAUCAAAAUUAUCGGAUCCUACUCCGCGAUUUGCGCCACGGGGGACUACGCGGAUUUUCAGCACAUGUCGACCCUCGUCUCGAACAACAUCGAAUGCAAAAAAAUGUACUUCAACGUCGAUGAGCUCGGCCCGAGCGAGGUCUUUUCGUUUCUCCAUCGCAAAAUGUACGAAAAGCGCUGCGAUUUCGAGCCGUGUUUGUGCAGAUUUGUCUUUAUGGGCUGCCGGAAUGGCGAGACGUUCUUGGGCGGCGUCGACGACGUCGGGACGAGGUGGACGGAUGACUGCGUGGCGGCGGGCUACGGCGAACACCUGGCGAUUCCGCUCAUCCGAGAGGCGCUUGGGAAGAACCCAAACGGCUUGUCAAGGGAGCGGGCGAUGGAGCUGAUGAAGGAUUGUCUUCGCGUUAUAUUUUAUCGGGAGUGCCGGACUAUUAACAAGUUCCAAAUCGCCGAUGCCACGAAUGACUCGGUCACGAUUAGCGAGCCGUUUAGCGUGGACACGAACUGGGAACUGGAAGGGUUUUCGUUUGGAAAGACAGCCAUUAUUGCUUAG